GUUUAACGAAGAACGACUUUCGAAUACGGCCAUUGUUGAGCAUAGAGGGCGCUAGCUUAUAAACAUAAACAAAAAUAAAAAUAUUAGUAGGUAAAACAUACAGUGUGGUUUCGGCAAUUUUAUUUCGUGAUAGCAUUUUGGUAUUUUGCUCCAGUCGCAUUUUGGUAUUUUGUUCCAGUCGCAAGGAGCGACUGGAACUAGCGCCAAUGUUAAGGCUGUUGUUAGCAGCUCCCCUGCAUUACCGCUCAGCCACUUGACUCGCUUUACCAAGGAAUCAGCAAAUAUGUAGAAAAUUAAAAAGGGAAGAAAAGACGUAAUUCAAAGAAAAUGUAUAAUGGAUGAUUUGAAAAAAUUCAGAGAGUCUUGGCAAAGAGAACUUAACGAAAAUAAUCUACUUCAAAAUUCUCCAAGCAAAUCAAAUCUUGAAAGCAAGGAAGAUGUGCUCAUUUCGCAAAGAAAAUCAGACAAGUCAUUCACAAAAUAUACACCCUGCGUUAGAGUUGACAACUUACUGGAGGGAAAACGAACUUUCGAUAAAGGUAAUGAUGAGCUUCAUGGCAUUUGCAAUACAACUAGUGAAGCUGUCAACUGCCAUGGUGUUAAUACUAGGAAGAGGAAAAAGCUAAAUAGUGAGGAAGCUGUGAAGUCAACUGGACUUUUAGAAGCACUUAUAGCAGAUUUGGAUGAAAUCAACGACAUACCAUUUUUUGAUAUAGAAAUCCCACGGGAACUUGGAAUAAAGAUUUUCCAGUAUCUGAGUAUGCAGGAUCUUUGCAAUUGUGCUCAGGUCAGUUCAAGUUGGAGGAGUUUGGCUGAUGAUCAGUUGCUAUGGUUUCCAUUCUAUAAAGCUCUGGGUUUUUCUACUGAUGUCACUAUUGAUAGUGAAGCAAGUUGGAAACUGGCAGUCAGGGAUGGAUUAAUGCAAAGGGAUUUGUUAAUCAACAAUUGGAAGGGUCGUAUUGGUCGAGUGACAACGCUUGAACAUAUCACUGGUGGAGUUCUCUGUGCUGUCAGUUCAUGCGAUAUUGCUAUUAUUGCUGGAUUUUCAAAUGGUAGUGUAAAGCUGUGGAAAGUAAACAGGCAAGUCGAAGAAGAAACUAUGCUUUGUAGUUGCUAUGACAACAUGGGACUCAAGAAUGCUGACAGGCCAAGUGUCAAUCAUGUGGCUGUUAAUUCAGUUAUUUCGGUUGCAACCUACAACAAUGGUGAUGUGGACAUCUGGAGCACACAGCAUGGAGGUGACCCCAUUCACCAUUACCACCAAGAUGGCAUCCAAUGUGUGUCCAUAGCAACUGAUGAUGCCCAAGUUGUGAGUGCCUCUGGGAAAGAAUUGAGAAUAGAAGCAGCAGACAACUCAGGAAAUUGGUUCAUGCAAGACUGCAUUACGCUGGAUAAAUACAUUGAUAAUGUGAAAAUAUUUCAAGUUCCUAAUAAGAAGCAAAAAGGCAGUUAUGUUUCCGUGUCAACUGCAAAUGGUCUGUACAUUUAUAAGCCUGCUCCAGGGCCCAGGUAUUUGAGCCUAGUUCACACAUUUGUAGGGUCAACACCAACUUGUAUGGAGGUCAUAUCUGAUCACAUUGCUUGUGGCUUUGGUGCUGCCGGUUUUCAAGAAAGUUUCACAGUGAAAUUAUUUGACAUUGAGACCAAAAAUGUGAAGCAUGUGUUCCGAGGUCAUAGUUGGGAUGUCACAUGUCUCCAUAGUGACGAUGCCUUGCAGAGUAUGCUUGUUACAGGUUGUAAAGAUAAACGAGUUAGGUUGUUUGAUUUUCGACUAAAGAGUAAUCAACCUGUAGUGCAGCUAUCUGGACAUGGGGGCGCUAUUACUCAAGUACAGGUCGAUGAGUGGAAAGUUUUAAGUGGCGGAAUGGAAGGCAUGGUUUGUCUGUGGGAUCAAAGAAUGCAGAGAAAACUUUGGGAUUCAUAUGCCAGACAUCCUGUAAGAUACCUUUGUUUCAAAGGUGGUGGCUUAGUGACUGCCAAUAUUCCAAAUGUCAAAAGUUUAGAAGAUGAACUAGAAACUGUCACACACAGAAGGUUGAGAGGAGAAUUGCGACACUAUAAUUUUCUAGCCAAUCAGACAAGAGAAGGUCUUCCAUCAGUGUGCUUAUCAAACUAUGAUGAACCUGAAGGCUAUAACUACAACAUCAGGCUAGCUGCUCCUUAUGACAAUUUAUGAACUUCAUUGGAAGUGAUGGAGCCAGACCUACCAAACAGUGGUGGAUCCAGAUUUGCAAAAGUGCUUUCCCCCUCCCCCCUUCUUUGCAGAAGCUAAAUUCAUCACCUACUAAGUGGGAAAUCAUUUUGAUAUGAGAUUAAGAUGGGUAGAACCCAGAAAAUUCUGGGAGGCAUGGUCCCCUGUACCAUGCAGUAGGUAAGGGAACACCCCCUAAAACCUUCCUCUCUGGACCAUAGGAUCCACCCUUCUGAACUAAAGUCCUCAAUUGCCACCGUGGCAAAUAAUUUAUGGAUCUGCCUCUGCCUGACUAUUUAUAAAAAUAAGCAGAGCUGUAAGGCUUGUUUGAAAUUGAUGUAGCAAAGCCUACAAGAGGGAAUUUUAAAUUAAAUUUUAAUUGAAAGUUAAUUUUUAAUUUUCCCCUAACGUGCAAAUGUUAUGUUGUUAUAAAAAAUUAAUUAUGAGGGUACGAAUAUACUGACUGAAUUAUUAAAACAAAGCUUUACAAAUGUAGUGUAUGUAUGGAACUCUAUGAUACAAAUUUAAAUGAAGAUAUAGAGCAAAUUUAAUUAUUUAAACAAUUAUUAUUUUUGUGACAUACUGGAACAUUACAAAUGAAAUUAAAUAAUCAAUUGCAAUGUAAGCUAUA